UAUAUACAUAUAUAUAUAUAUACAUUUGACGCAUAAGGCACAGAGAUGUUUUAAGUUAUAAUGUCCUUAAUUUACUAGCAGUCACAAGACUAAAUAAAUAAGAGUGAGGAUUAAUUCAGAUCAGGGUCUAAGGAUAGAGAUAUAAGAGGACAAAAAUGAUAUUCAAAUCAAUACAGUAAAUGGACAAGAUCAAAUAAAAAUAAUGAGAUAAAAUUGCAAAAGAUAGCAAAUUGCCUGGACCACAUCAUGACCACCCAUAUUAUUUGUUUCUUACCGGUAGUUGUCUUCCUCCAGGUGGCGCGCGAGCUUGGCAACCACUCUGUUACAGUAACCAUGGAAACUAGUGAAGUUUGGGUCUCUGUUAAAUCGUUGUGAAUGCUAAGCUAGUUAACUCCACGGUGUCAACGUCUUUUAGCUACCGUUAGUCUGAUAGUCAGAUAGUGUUUUGAAGAUAAAAGUUCCGAACCACACGGAGGAGAAGAAAAAUGGAAAGUACGGAUGGAAACGACGCCAAAAGUGAGCAGAGACUUAAGUCAGCUGCCGCCUUAAAGAGCUUCAUGUUGAAAAGCAGCACCGAGAGCAAACUGAACCUGUAUGACCACCUCAGCCGGGUGCUGAUGAAGGUGAUGGAUGAGCACCCUGAUAAUGCGGUGGACGUGAUUGAGGACGUGAGCCGGGAAGUGAAGCGGGGUUUAUUUGAAGACAAGCAGAGCACCCUGCGAGACCUCCCUCAGACCACAGCUGCUGAGCUGCUGGCUGAGCAGCAGCGCCUGCUCUUCUCUCGGCCAGAGGAGGCUGACCAGGAGGAGGAACUGAUGGACACACCUCUUCCUAAUGUGAGUGAGGUUGCCUUCUACCUGGAGCAGGCUGGGGUGGGCCUGGGCAGAGAGGAGAUGCAGAGGGUCUUCCUCGCACUCAAGCAGCUUGUUGAGAGCCAGGGGCUGCCGCGCUGCCGACUGUGGGGCAAGAUCCUGGGGACAGAGAGCAGCUACAUCGUGGCUGAAGCUGAGUACAGGGAGGGGGAGGAAGAGGAAGAGAACACGGAGGAUGCAGCAGAGGAUGAGGAGAGAGAUGUAGAAAAGGAGAUGAAUCCACUUCCUCAAUCCGCCUAUAGACCCCCCCCAACAGUGCCAAAGGAGGCCCUAGGAACAGGUGCCAACAAGUUUGCUUUUUAUGUGUGCAAAGAGCCCGGUCUUCCCUGGGUGAAGCUCCCUUCAGUCAGUCCCGCACAGAUCACCGGUGCUCGUCAGAUCCGUAAGUUCUUCACGGGGACGCUGGACACCCCCAUAGUCAGCUACCCACCUUUCCCCGGGAACGAAGCCAACUACCUGAGAGCGCAGAUCGCUCGGAUCUCUGCCGGCACUCAGGUCAGCCCCCAGGGCUUCUACCAGGCCGGGGAGGAGGAAGGUGAUGAGGAAGACGAGGCCCCUCGGGACAGCUUCGAAGUGAAUCCAGACUUUGAGGGUGUUCCGGUUGCUGAGAUGGCCGAGUCUCUGUCCACCUGGGUGCAUCAUGUUCAGCACAUCCUGCAGCAGGGUCGCUGUACGUGGGUGAACCUUGCUGUGAAACCAGGAGAUGACUCCAAUGAGGAAGGAGAGGGUGAGGAGAAGGAAGAGGAGCCUGAUGAGCCUGAGCCAGAAGUUGGACCCCCUCUGCUCACACCCCUCUCCCAAGAUGCAGAAAUGCUCAACAUUCCUCCCUGGACCUCCAAGAUGUCCUCCGUCCUCACCUCUCAGCACGCUCUAGCUGUGCUGCGCUCUAACCUCUGGCCAGGGGCAUAUUCAUACGCUUCCGGAAAGAAGUUUGAGAACAUUUACGUUGGAUGGGGUCUGAAGUACUCAGGGGAAGGGUUCAGCCAAGCUGUCCCCCCACCACCACAGAAAGAAUAUCCCAGUGGACCGGAAAUCACAGAGGCCCUGGACCCGUCGGUGGAGGAGGAGCAGGUGCUGAAGGAAGCUUUAGAGGAGCAGCAGGCCGCUCAGGAAGAGAAGGAGGACACAGACGACCCGGAGGAGGAGGAUGACGACUGAGAGAACAGUUACACAUUUUACAUUUCUACAUUUGAACUUUUAACUAUUUAUAUGUAAGUAAAUGGCCAAAUAAAUCAG